AUGAAUUCAAUCACUAUUUUCACCGGUGUUCUCAGUUGUCUUCUAUUUAUGCUAGCUAUUACUCAUUCGUUUGCAUUAGCAGGUCAAACAGCCGAUGAACAACAACAUCAUUUACUUAUUGAACAACCAUCGGUAAUUUUACCAAAACGAUAUUUUUCAUUUUAUCAUAAUGAUGAUGAUGCAAGUAAUGAUGAUUCGGAAGUACAUGAAUUUGAAAAACGUCGUUUCAAUGCCUGGGCUGGUAAACGAAGUACCUUUGGCAAACGACGUUUUAAUGCAUGGGCUGGCCGACGAUAG